AAGGGGCGGGCGCGAGCAGUUCACUCGAGCUAUAUAGUAACAUUGAUGGACACAUUGAUGGAACUGCUGUUUUCGACAGCAAAAGUAUUGCCGAAGCUUGCGACGUAGCUAGCCAACAUUUUACAGCAACACUCCCAGACACCAGACACCAUGUCCGUCGCAGCUGAAUUUGAGGCGGCGAACCAGAAGUACGCGGCGUCCUUUGCAAAGGGCGACCUGCCACUUCCCCCCGGCCGAAAGGUCGCGGUAGUGGCUUGCAUGGAUGCAAGGCUGGAUCCUGCCAAAGUCCUCGGCCUCGAAGAGGGUGACGCCCACGUCAUUCGCAAUGCCGGCGGGCGGACAAUCGAGGCGCUGCGAUCAAUCGUCAUCUCCCAGCAGCUUUUGGGAACUCGGGAGAUUGCCAUUGUACACCAUACCGAUUGCGGGAUGCUCACCUUCUCGGAUGAGGACCUGCGGGCCAAGGUGAGGCGUGAGUUGGCCGAGGACGUCGACCACUUCGCCUUCCUCCCUUUCACCGACCUCAAGGCGAGCGUCCAGGACGACAUUCAGAUACUCAAGAAGAGCCCGCUGGUGCUCGACGUGCCCAUCACGGGGUACAUUUACGACGUCAAGACCGGCAAGAUUGACAAGGUCUAGCAAUGAGGCGGUACGAAUGAGGCCCAAUACGCAACAAUUGCUGAUGAAGAGUACAAGAUGCCCGAACCGCAAGCGUACCUGCGAAUUUGCGUGGCCCUGAGCAUCACCGUCAUGUGGGGGACGGUCUGUUGGCCAGCACGAUGCGAUAGCCGUCUGGGUCUUCAAACGUCUUGCCGCACCUGUCCCAGUAGGGGUUGAAGGCUGCGACCGGCUGGAAACCGCUGCUUCCCAUGCGCGCGACUGCCGCCUCGAACUCGUCUUGCUCUGGUAGAUAAAAUACCAGCAGGUUGUCCUCGGUUGGCGCCCGACCGGCGUCGUGCCCCCGCUUCGUCGUGAACUCGAGGUGAUACCCAGCACCCUUGUGCCCAAUCAUGAUGCCGUCGAAACCCUCG